AUGGGGCCCGAAGAAUCCUAUCCACCGCCAUACCAAAACCCUCAAGACCACCCUUCGUCAACAAUAACCAUCCCACCACCCGCGUACAUCACGAUCGACCCAUCCAGCAGCGAAGAAGUCCACAAGCUCGACCACUUCCCACCCAAAUCCGACGACAUCGGAGCCAGCUUCACCAACCCAGCCAAGUCCACCGCCACCGCCACCAUCUCAGAACCAGAACGUCUCCACCAGCCCCCUGCAGCCCUACCUAAACCCAGCCUCUCAUUCAAGCCCAUCACCAUCCCCACCACCGCUCUCAGAGGCAAACGCAAACGCAACCCCCCCAACAGCAAUCCAUAUCCAUACACAGGAACCCUAACCCGCAAACGUGAGCUCCUCCCCCUGCCAUAA